GCAUUAAUUUGCUGUGAUGUACUUAGGUGUUGCAACUGAUAGGUGGUCCUCUAUCAGGGAGCGUGAGAGAAAGAAUUGAUCCUACAUACAGCACCAUAUAUGCUGCAAUACUUGUACACAUCAAGGAUCAAGAAGGUCCUGGCCCUCGAUACCUGCAAUGCUCUCUGAGAUUCUGGAAUUGAUUGGCUGCAUGUUCAGUAGUUAUCACAUGACAGACAGACUGACAAAGAAAUGCCAUCAAGCUCGGCCAGUAAAUCAGUGAUCCUAAAACCUGUCUCAGAUCAUCACUGGGGUGCUGGGUGAUCAUCUCCCCGAGAAAUAUCAGCUCAACAACUGACAGCAUGGAUGGGAAGAAAUGCAGCGUGUGGAUGUUUUUACCUCUUGUCUUCACCCUGUUCACUUCAGCUGGACUAUGGAUAGUAUAUUUUAUAGCUGUGGAAGAUAACAAAAUUAUCCCAUUAAACCUGCCAGAUGGGAAAGCUGGUUCCAAAAGCCCCCCUUACAUAAGUAUUGCAGGUGAUGCACCCCCUGCAAGCUGUGUAUUUAGCCAAGUCAUGAACAUGGCAGCAUUUCUAGCGCUUGUCGUUGCUGUUCUCCGCUUUAUACAGCUGAAGCCAAAGGUGCUGAACCCCUGGCUGAACAUCAGCGGACUGAUUGCGUUAUGCUUGGCCUCGUUCGGAAUGACCUUACUGGGCAACUUUCAGCUCUCCAGUGACGAAGAAAUCCAUAAUGUCGGCACCUCCCUGACGUUUGGUUUUGGGACCCUCGCCUGCUGGAUUCAGGCUGCCUUGACACUCAAAAUAAACCUAAAGAAUGAAGGAAGAAAAGCUGGGAUUCCGCGAGUCCUCUUGUCAGCUGCUAUAACCCUGUGCGUGGUCCUUUAUUUCAUUCUGAUGGCACAGAGGAUCCAUAUGCAUGCAGCCAGGAUCCAGUGGGGCUUGGUGAUGUGCUUCCUCUGCUACUUCGGCACCUUUGCUGUAGAGUUCAGACACUACAGAUUUGAGAUCGUUUGCUCCGAGUACCAGGAAAACUUUCUGAGCUUUUCUGAAAGCCCGUCUGAAGCCUCUGAGUAUCAAACAGAUCAGGUGUAGCCCUGCCGUCAUUACAUGGCAGGUGGGCUGGCAUGGUCAUCAGAUUUAACCCAUGAUCUCAUUACACUUUUUUUUUUUUUUUGACAAGUUCAUUUUUCAUGUAGUCACAGAUGUAUUGCCAAAGGGCUUUGAUGGGAGCUGUUUUAAGAGCAGAGGAAAAACACAAGGACCUAUCUGAUCAAAUCUGAAAACACCAAUGUAUUUGUAAAGAAAGGCCGACUGCUAAGUUUGUGCUAAAAGGGUCUCUUUCUCUUCAACCUCUGUCCCAUUUCUCUUAGAAAUAUCCUAAUCCUCAUAAAGUCACUGUGAGGCAGAUUGUACUGUACCCAUUAUACAGCUGGGGAGGCAACUGCUGCAGGGUGACCGGUCAGUCAGGGUUCGUACUUGGGCGUUGCUGGUUCCUACUCCUGCAUUCAGACCACUAGAAUGCACCUCUCUCAUGUUUUCAACUGGUUUUUAUUGUCUUGUUGUUGGACAGAGGAAACUUGAAUGUGGAGUGAGGAAGAAUUCUCAGCUGGUUUCAUGGCAGCUGGACCUGGAACCAGUCAGUGGAAGAAGAGAGCACAAACAUACUGGCCCUGUGUAAGGACAGGAAUUUCUUUCCAUUUGGAAGGCCAGUAAAUGUGAGGCCUGGUUUGGGGAAAACUACAUAGCUAAGAAGGCAGUGAAACAGACAGGGGUCAUCAGCAGAUGCCCACUUUGUUGUGGGACUGAGGCAGCCCACCAGCACCAAUGCAAAAAUACCAGGCGCAUCCCAGCAGUGUGGAUGAAACUUGUCUGCAUCUCCAUGUGGAAUGGGCUGAACAGCUGUGACCCAUGUGAACAAACAGCACUAGGUUAAAAUGUGAGUAUUUCUUCUGCCCGGUGGGGACCAAGAGAGUUUGGGUUUUUUUAAGUGCUUCCAUAAGAUAGUGUAUAGUAUUUAGAAAGCUGCUUUUCUCACUGACAAGGAAAACCUCGAGUGAAGACUCUGACUCAUGCAUGAUCGGAACAUCAUAAAUUCAGGCAGAUGUUACUGGAGGUAGGUUUAUUUUACUGCUUAUGCACUAAAGGGGAAAUGCACCGUUUGCAGAGGCCUUGGCCUUAGCUUACCUACCUAGCCCAUGUGCCCAAUUCAGCAACAGACUCCAUUUGGUUGGACCCGCAUGUGCAAAAGUAUCAGGGCCAUAGGGCUUAAGUGUGACUUAAAUGAUAGACAGGCCCCUCUACAUGGGGCUGAACUCACCUUGAAAGUUUGGGGUAGUAAAUAAAUAGCUGCAGGUGGAGAUGGGUAAACCAAAGCCCCAACAGGACUCAGAGGCGCUUUCAUUUCAUUCCUAAGGGGGGGGAAGGCGCUCAAUUACCAAUGAUCUUGGUUCAGUGGCCAAAACUAAGAUUUUUUCAUCAUGUAACAUAAAUACAGCUCAAAUUGGAACAGGUUGAAAAAUUGAGGUUUCUUUUGAGUAAGGAUGUAAAGGCGUAGUUGAUCGACUACUCGCUCAUUCCAACCCCUGCAUUUUUAAAGGGACGAUGGCAGGAGAGGACGCUGGCUGAAUUCCUGGUCCCAGGUCUCGGCACCCCCCUCCCUUCUUUGGGACAGUUUCUAUAUUUGUUGUCCUUGUAUAAUUCCACAGUAGCUCCACUGAAUGAAGGGUUUAUAUCUGGCUGCAGAAUUUAGCCCUUCAGUAAUGAUCUUAGAAUAAGAAAAAAUUAGCAGGACACUCAGGGAAGGGAAUGUCUGCAGGGGAUGUUAAUCAUUAAAAUGAAAUAAUAGGUGGUAAAGCCACCAUUAGGGGAAGACUGAAAGUAAUAUAAAGGCAAGCCAGGUAUCUUUUCCUUUUCUUCAUUGCUAGAGGAAGGUGAGACUGGCAGGGAGGCAUUGAGAAUCUCACACAUGUGAAUACUGAGCAGAGUAGUAAAUUUCUGUUUAAAAUGUGUUUACUGUAAAUAGUCCACUGUGACAUUUUUUUAAAAUCAAAUAAUGCUUUUGUUUUAUCAUUUUAUAUUUUGAAAUUUUAUCAAAGUAAAAAUUAAGUCUGUGAAUUUUUUCCACUGACUAUAUGCAAUCCAAGUUGAAUUUCAGGCUUUUGGUGAUAUGCUGUACAUUUCUUAAAGUAUUUCUUAUGGCACAUAUCAGUACAACUGAACAAUUACUGGUAUACACUCAAACAUGACCACUAAAUAAACUUUU